AAAAAAUUCUCAAUUCAGCCAAAACAAAUUUCAUUUGAAUCUUACCAGAAUGUUGGGACAAUCCGAGAUCAUCCCACUCUCCCAUCUUCCUCAGGAAAAGAGACCCACCUCUUGAAGAUUCAAUCUUUACCAAAUAUACACACUGAUAUAGGGAGAGAUGAAGAAACCUUUUGGGAGUCCAGGGAAAGCGAGUGGUCUGAUAUUACGGAUAGGACAGUGCUUGUUUUCAACAGCUUCAAUUGGAGUGAUGACUUCUGCUUCUGGCUUUUCUACUGUUACUGCGUUUUGCUACUUAAUUGCUUCAAUGGGGCUUCAGGUUUUGUGGAGUUUUGGACUUGCCUGCCUCGACAUGCAUGCUUUGAGGUUCCAUAAAGACCUGCAUAAUCAUAUCAUCGUGAGCUUGUUCGUCGUCGGUGAUUGGGUAAUAGCGACUUUAUCGCUUGCUGCUGCAUGCUCCUCAGCUGGUGUCAUGGUUUUGUUUAGUAAAGACACAAAUAUCUGCAAGACAGAUCCCAAACUCUCUUGCAAUAUGUUCCCCAUCUCAAUAUCAUUUGCUUUCGCCUCCUGGUUUCUUCUAUCCAUAUCAUCUUAUGUAAUGCUUUGGCUUGUGGCCUCGAUUUGAAAGAUUUAGAAUGUUAACACGAGUAGUUUUUUGAACUGAAUGUACAUAUUGUCGAGUUUGAAGCCCCCACCCUUUGUUUUUCCCCGAUUGGAUGACCAUUGUGAAACAUGAUCUGAUUUACAGUGGUGGCUGUACUUCGAUAGCACAAUCUGUAAAUGAGAUCUAAACCUUCAAGUUUGGUUUAUUCAUACAUUAGUGAAAUGAAAACUUUUGUGAGUA